AUGCCCAUCACCCAGGACAAUGCCAUGCUGCACCUGCCCCUCCUCUACCAGUGGCUGCAGAACAGCGUGAGGGAGGGCGGGGAUGGCCCAGAGCAGCGGCUCUGCCAGGCAGCCAUCCAGAAGCUGCAGGAGUACAUCCAGCUGAACUUUACUGUGGAUGAGAGUGUGGUCCCACCUGACCACAGCCCCCCAGGGAUGGAGAUCUGUACUGUGUACCUCACCAAGGAGCUGGGGGACGCAGAGACUGUGGGCCUCAGUUUUGGGAACAUCCCUGUUUUCGGGGACUAUGGAGAAAAGCGUAGAGGGGGCAAGAAGAGGAAAACCCACCAGGGCCCUGUACUGGACGUUGGCUGCAUCUGGGUGACAGAGCUGAGGAAGAACAGCCCAGCAGGGAAGAGUGGGAAGGUCCGACUGCGGGAUGAGAUCCUCUCCCUGAAUGGGCAGCUGAUGGUCGGAGUUGAUGUCAGUGGGGCCAGUUACCUGGCUGAGCAGUGCUGGAAUGGCGGCUUUAUCUACCUGAUCAUGCUGCGCCGCUUCAAGCACAAAGUUCACUCUCCGUAUAAUGGCAACGGUAGCAACAGCUCUGAACCAGGAGAGACGCCAACCUUGGAGCUGGGUGACCAAACUGUGAAAAAGGGAAAAAGAGCAAGAAAGUUUGGGGUCAUUUCCAGGCCUUCUACCCACAAAGCCACUGAAGAACCCAAGAGCAGUACUGGCUCUGAGUUGGACAAUGACCCCAUCUCUGAGCCGGACAACGGCCCAGACCCCGAACUUGGCAAUGGCCAUGCUUUUGAGCUAGAAAAUGGCCCGGAAUCUCUCAAGGAGCUGGCUGGAUCCCAUCUAGACAAGUCAGAAGCAGACAGAGGGACAGAGCAUAGAAUUCCAAAGACAGAUGCUGCUCUACCUACAAGCAAUGACAAACGUCGCUUCUCAAAAUCUGGGAAGACAGACUUCCAAUCAAGUGACUGCCUGGCACGGGAGGAAGUUGGCCGGAUAUGGAAGAUGGAGCUGCUUAAGGAAUCGGAUGGGCUGGGAAUUCAGGUUAGUGGAGGCCGAGGAUCAAAGCGCUCACCUCACGCUAUCGUUGUCACUCAAGUGAAGGAAGGAGGUGCCGCUCACAGGGAUGGCAGACUGUCCUUAGGAGACGAGCUGCUGGUAAUCAAUGGUCACUUAUUGGUGGGUCUCUCCCAUGAGGAAGCGGUGGCCAUUCUUCGCUCAGCCACUGGAAUGGUUCAGCUGGUGGUAGCCAGCAAGGAAAGCUCCACAGAGGACCUCCUGAGGUUGACAUCUAAGAGUUUGCCUGAUCUGACCAGUUCAGUAGAGGACGUGUCCUCUUGGACUGACAACGAGGACCAGGAGCCAGACGGGGAAGAGGACGAAGGACCUGGCUCGUCUUCCGUCCAGGGAGCAAUGCCUGGGACAGAUGAGCCCCAAGAUUCGUGUGGCCCGGAGGAACCCAAGGGAAACCUGGAAAGUCCCAAGCAGGGCAGCAGUAAGAUGAAACUCAAGAGUCGCCUUUCAGGGGGUGUACACCGUCUAGAGUCUGUUGAAGAAUAUAACGAAUUGAUGGUACGAAAUGGGGACCUGCGGGCCAGAAUGUUGGAGGUCUCCCGAGAUGGCAGAAAGCACUCUCUUCCCCAGCUGCUGGACUCUACUGGAACAUCACAGGAAUACCAGAUUGUAAAGAAGUCCACCCGCUCCCUAAGCACCACUCAGGUGGAAUCUCCUUGGAGACUCAUUCGGCCAUCAGUCAUCUCCAUCAUUGGCCUAUACAAAGAAAAAGGCAAGGGCCUUGGCUUUAGCAUUGCUGGAGGUCGAGACUGCAUUCGAGGACAGAUGGGGAUUUUUGUCAAGACUAUUUUCCCAAAUGGAUCGGCUGCAGAGGAUGGAAGACUUAAGGAAGGGGAUGAAAUCCUAGAUGUAAAUGGGAUACCAAUAAAGGGCUUGACGUUCCAAGAAGCCAUCCAUACCUUUAAGCAAAUCCGGAGUGGAUUAUUCGUCUUAACAGUACGCACAAAGUUACUGAGCCCAAGCCUCACACCCUGCUCCACACCCACACACAUGAGCAGAUCCAGCUCCCCCAACUUCAACACCAGUGGGGGCAGCUCAGCAGCAGGCUCCGACGAAGGCAGUUCUUCAUCCCUGGGUCGGAAGGCCCCCGGGCCCAAGGACAGAAUUGUCAUGGAAGUCACACUCAACAAAGAGCCCAGAGUUGGAUUAGGUAUUGGUGCCUGCUGCCUGGCUCUAGAAAACAGCCCUCCAGGUAUCUACAUUCACAGCCUUGCCCCAGGAUCAGUGGCCAAGAUGGAGAGCAAUCUGAGCCGCGGAGAUCAAAUCCUGGAAGUGAACUCAGUCAAUGUCCGCCAUGCUGCUUUAAGCAAAGUCCAUACCAUCCUGAGCAAAUGCCCCCCAGGACCUGUUCGACUUGUCAUUGGCCGGCACCCUAAUCCAAAGGUUUCCGAGCAGGAAAUGGAUGCAGUGAUAGCACGCAGCACUUAUCAGGAGAGCAAAGAGGCCAAUUCCUCUCCUGGCUUAGGUACCCCCUUGAAGAGUCCCUCUCUUGCAAAAAAGGACCCCCUGAUUUCUGACCCCGAACCCGCCCAGUACUUUGCCCCCGGUGUCCCAGGCCCCCUGUCAGACUUCAUGGUGGCCGGCUCUGAGGACGAGGAUCACCCAGGAAGUGGCUGCAGCAUCUCUGAAGACGGUGGCCUGCCACCCAGCACCUCCACUCACAAGGAACCAGGAAAAGCCAGGGCCAACAGCCUCGUGUCUCUAGGAAGCCAGCGGGCCUCGGGGCUCUUCCACAAGCAGGUGACGGUUGCCAGACAAGCCAGUCUCCCUGGGAGCCCGCAGGUGCUCCGAAACCCUCUCGUCCGCCAGAGGAGGGUUGGCUGCUAUGACACAGACGAUGCCAGUGAUGAAGAAGAGUUUGAUGGCGAAGGGGAUUGCGUUUCCCUCCCAGGGACCCUCUCUGGUCCCAGCAGGUCUCUGCCAGAGGACGACUGUAGGCAGGUCUUGAUGACCUCUUCCAAGGUCAUGAGUAUCAACAACCAGGAGGAACAUCCCCAGAAAACACUGGUCAGUAAGGCCUCCUCAGUGCCUCUCCUGGGCAGCUCGCUGGACUUAGAGGAGAGUGUCCCAGAGGGCACGGGGGACACUCCUUCCCAUUCAGCCAACCUGCUGGCCUCGGUAGCGGCCCCCAAGGGUGGCCCUGGCCGCUCAGGGAAGAAGGAACUAUCAGGAUCUAAGAGUUCCCCCAAAUUGGAAUACAAAGCCGAUACAGGCCCCCAGAAUCUGAUGCGCACAGAUGUCUCCAGGUCCCCCCAGCAGAAGAAUGACAACCUGGGGUCCAGGCACAAACCAGUGGCCAGAGUCAGCCCACACCACAAGAGGCCCGAGGCUGACACCAGGCCCAGCAACUCCGAGACUGAAAACCUAGCUGAUGGAGCUGAUGACCCAUGUAUCCAGGCCACUUCUGGCAGAGAGACCGGGACUGAUUUUCAUCCCGAUGGAACCGUGGAGAAGGAAUCUCUGGGGAAGCUAACCGUCGAGGAUGGACGUGUCCCUUCCAACUGGGGGCCAGCCAGUGCCCCAUGCCACCCAGAUGCUGGCCACCGCACAGAGAACCUGCCGGAAGCUGCACCGGAGCAACCAAGGACAGGACUGGAUAGCCCCCCAGACCUCAUCCCUACCCCAGAGCAGAAGGGGGCAGCUCACCCUGAGCCCAGCAAGACCUCCAUGGACACGGGGCCCUCAAGGCGGCCUGAGGACCGCGGAGAGCCAGUGUCACCCAGGGUGCCUGAGUCUGAGGACAGAUGUCAUGUGAGUCUCGCCCAGGAGAGCAGCGCCUCCCCAGGGAAGAUGGCAGCGGCUCGUCGUGACUUCAGCAACCUUCCGGCAGCCCCAGAAGCCAACUUGCCCAGGAAGGCAGCUGCCCACAGGGGCGCGGGACCUGAGGCAGAGGCAGCGUCUGCAGCUAGUGGCGUCCUGUCCCCAGACCUCGUGUCCCAGGAGGAGAGACAGAGAAGUCCCGGUCACCACGGCAAGGCUCUGCAAGCAACAGGCGUCUUCGUGCCUGCAAACUCCCCAGGCUCUGCCCUGCCCGAGGGAACAGAUUCUGUGUCUGAGAGGGCCCCGCAGGCCAGCCCCGCCCUGCUGUCACCCGCUGACCGGGCUGCAGGGGCGUGUGGGGGUGUCUCCGGGCACUGCUGCCCCAGGGAAAGCGGGGGCAGUCCUGUGACUGACAUUGACACACUCAUCAAGGAGCUGGAUGCUUCUGAACCAAGAUUUCAGUCUCCUCAGAAAGGGGACCGGUUGAGUCAAGUGGGAUGUUCUCAGGGUCAACCUCCAGCAGGCACUGGAAGUGGAAGUUCCCACCAUGCUGAGCCAGUCGUGGGGAACCAGACCCCCACCCUAAGGAGGGCCUGGGCUGCUGGUCAGCCCCCUCCCCCACAGUGGGCCUCCCAGCCUUCAGUUUUGGAUUCCGUUAAUCCUGACAAACAUUUUACUGUGAACAAAAACUUUUUGAGCAACUACUCUAGAAAUUUUAGCAGUUUUCACGAAGACAGCAUGUCCCUGUCGGGCCUGGGUGACAGCACGGAGCCAUCUCUCUCAUCCAUGUAUGGUGAUGCCGAGGACUCAUCUUCUGACCCUGAAUCGCUCGCCGAAGCCCCACGAGCUUCCACCAGGAACAACUGGUCACCCCCUCGUUCCCGCGGAUCUUCUCACAGGGAAGACACUACAGAGUCUGAGGAGGAGCAAAUUGAAAUUUGUUCUACAAAUGAUUCCCCCAAUCCACCUUCAACUACUGCUCACGCACCUGCCCAGGCCGCACCCUGCCCUGUGUUGGCCAAAGUUCUGCCCUUAAAGCACAGUGCUCUGAGUCAAGUGGUGGGAAAUCCACGCGAGAGAGCAUCCUUUGUGCCAGGAAACUCAUGCCCUUCAAUUCCAAACUCUUCCCAGCCAUUUCCUCUCUUGGAUAUAAGCUCUCAGGAGCAUGAACUUCAUGCAGAUGUAAGGAUUUUACAGAAUCCCAGACCCUCGUGUGAAGAAGAAACCAUGGAGGCCACCAGUACUAGCUCAUCUGUGGGGAACAGGCAGCCUCCUGAAGCCACCACGCAUUUCCACAACCCUCCGGUCGCUCUCGGCAGUCUGAACACGGUAGAUGGUUUAGAACAUGACUUGCUGGGUGUCGAGACCCCAAAUAAAAAACAAGAGACAAAUGUCAAUGCAACUGAAAAUCGGUCCCCCUGUAGCGUGCAUGUCCCUAAGAAUGGAGAGUCUGUUUUGACAAAUCUACAUAUCUCCGAAAGUCACGAGCUGGAUGAGUUGCUACAGAAACCAAAAAUGGUUUCCAGGAGGCCCAUCAUGGCCUGGUUUAAAGAAAUAAAUAAAAAUAACCAAGGGACACAUUCGCAGGGCAAAACUGAAAAGGAGCAACCCAUGGCGCCCAGCAGAAGCCCUGACUCCAAAAGUCAGGUGUUGAGUUCCAGCCAGAAUUCCAGAAAGGGGAUUGCUAUGCCUAAUAGCUCCCCCCAGCUGAAAGUGAAUCUGGAAAAUAAAGACUCACCUAAAAAAAGUUCAGUGGAAACACUCUUAAGUAACUGUCAGAAACCCAAAUCUGGUCCUAAGCUGAAGAGACUCAGCAUCAAAAGCAAAAGCAAAGCCAGUUCCGAGGCCCCUGCAGCUCACAUUGCCAAGGCUGGUGGGACAGACCCCAGGAAACCCCUCAUUUCACCCCAGACCUCCCACAAAAUGCUUUUGAAGGGAGCAUCUAACCAGUUCCACAUAGACCACGAGGAGCUUGACAAAAAUGCCACGGCCACCCCCAGGUCCCCCCAGUGCGUGCUGGAGAGCAGGCCACCUGCUGCCCCGGGGUCACUGAAGCCGUCAGUUUCGGAAACGAGCAUCACAGCGUUCAUUUCGCCCCACGCCUCCCCCAGGACUCUCCCUGAGCAGGGUGCAUGCGGUAGAUCCUACGUGGCUUUCCACUCAGAACCCAACAGAGGCUGCCCAGCGGCCCCCAGAUCUCCUAAGUGUGGGCCAGAGACCAGGGCUCCCCCUGUGGCCUCGGGGAACAGCGGGUCCACAGCCACAAACGGACAGGAGGCCCCACCUCCUGGGCAGAGGGAGCAGCGCACGGCCAGCCGAAUGGAUUUGGCACCAGAAGUAGCCCGAUCGGGGGUGACUGAUGACAAAGGAGGCAGAAUAAUUACUGGUGAUCCCCUAGAAAGAACAAACCAGCUGAAAAUAGUUGAAAUUUCUUCUGAAAGAAUGCCCAAGAAUGCAUGUGGUGACAAGCUAGCUGAAAGUGACAGAUUAAGAGGGUUCUUGGCCCAGAGCAACUGUCAGGAGAAGAGUGAGAUCAGGUUCUGUCACCAGUCAGAGGAGACGUCCUCAAGUCAUCCGCCGUCACUCACAUCUCGUGCGUCCCAGGUAGAGCAGGAAACCCAGCGAUCUUUCAGUGCGGCAAAACUGGCUUCCUCCUCCUCCUCCCCACAACUGCCUACUAGAAAGGUGGAUUCCUCCCAGGGGAAGUCAAGUCAGGUGUCAGGCUCCCUCGGGAUGACCAAGAACGGCACGUCAGCGGGCCCAGUGCCAGAUGACCAUCCAUAUUUCACACCAAGGCCAGCGACCAGGACCUACUCCAUGCCGGCCCAGUUUUCAAGCCAUUUUGGACGGGAAGGGCAUGCUCUACACAGCCCAGGUCGCUCUCACCGGGACAGCCAGAUCCCUGCAACAAGUGGGGGGCUCCUCGAGGCCAAGGCAGCCAGAGGUGGUGGUCUUGGCCUGGCUAACGGACAGGGCGUGUACAGCGUCAAGCCCCUCCUGGAGACAUCGAGGAACCUUCCAACAACAGACGAAGGGGAUGUUCUUCCAGUGCGAGAGACGAGCUGCCUAGUCACAGACAAAAUCAGAGUCACUAGAAGACAUUACUACUCUGAGCAGAACUAUGAAUCUACCUCAUUUUUCUCUGUGAAGCAGAGGAUCAAGUCUUUUGAGAACCUAGCCCAUUCUGACCGGCUGGUGGCCAGGUCUGGGGUGUCUCCUUUUUUGUCAGCGAGCUCCAAGCCUCCAAUUGGGAGACGGUCAUCUGGCAGCAUUGCUUCCGGGAGCCUCAGCCACCCCAGUGACCCAGCAGCAAGGUCACUGAGACGCAGCCUGAGUUCCUGCAGUGAAAGCCAAAGUGAAGUCAGCACCCUGAUCCCCCAGAUGACCAAGUCCCCAUCCAGCACAGCAUUGACAGUCUCCCAGCAGAAUCCAGCAGAGGCCAGUAACAAGGGCCCUGACUCAGACCCAAAGAAAUCACUUAGUCCUUCUGGAAUUCCCACCCCAACCAUGACCCCAGCCUCUCCCGUCAAAAGGAACAAGUCCUCGGUGCGCCACACCCAGCCCUCUCCCUUAUCCCGCUCUAAGCUCCAGGAACUGAGGGCCUUGAGCAUGCCUGACCUUGACAAGCUCUGUAGUGAGGACUUCUCAGCAGGACCGACAGCCGUGCUCUUCAAAACCGAGCUGGAAAUCACCCCCAGGAGGUCGCUUGGCUCUCCCGCGGGAGGCCUCAAUGGGUCCACUGCCCUUUCAUGCCCCAUGAAGCGGGGGGACAGGGCCUGUCCAGGAGGAAGCAGCCCUAAAGCCAGUGAGCCUGGGGCACCCAGUUCAGCCCAUCAUGUGGGUGAAACCACCUGGGAUCUGCCUUCUGGAAAAGGCUGGUCAGUUAAUUUGGAUCAACUUCUAGUCUCAGCAGGAGACCAGCAAAGAUUACAGUCUGUUUUAUCAUCAGUGGGGUCAAAAUCGACGGUCCCGGCUCUCAUUCAGGAAGCGAAAGCACAAUCAGAGAAUAAAGAAGAUGUUUGCUUCAUCGUCUUGAAUAAAAAAGAAGGCUCAGGUCUGGGAUUCACUGUGGCAGGAGGAACAGAUGUGGAGCCAAAAUCAAUUGUGGUGCACAGGGUGUUUUCUCAGGGGGCUGCUUCUCAGGAAGGGACUGUGAACCGAGGGGAUUUCCUUCUAUCAGUCAAUGGCACCUCACUGGCUGGCUUAGCCCAUGGGGAUGUCCUGAAGGUUCUGCACCAAGCACAGCUGCACAAAGAUGUCCUUGUAGUCAUCAAGAAAGGGAAUGACCAGCCCAGAUCCUCCACCAGACAGGAAGCCAAUGGGAAGGGCUUGCUAUCCAGAAAGACCAGCCUCCUGGAGCCUGGAGUAGGUAGAAGUGUAGCUUCCCACGAUGCUCUGUGUGUUGAAGUGCUGAAGACCUCUGCCGGGCUGGGAUUGAGUCUGGAUGGAGGAAAAUCAUCGAUGGCUGGAGACGGGCCCCUGGUCAUUAAAAGAGUGUACAAAGGGGGUGCAGCUGAACAAGCGGGAACAAUAGAAGCUGGAGAUGAAAUUCUCGCCAUUAAUGGAAAACCCCUGGUUGGGCUCAUGCACUUUGACGCCUGGAAUAUUAUGAAGUCUGUCCCGGAGGGACGUGUGCAGUUAGUAAUUAGGAAGCAUAGAAAUUCGUCCUGAAACCAUCACCAGUGGUGAUGCUCACUGGUCAUGCUGGUUACGUUUUUGAACAAGCAUCUCCUUUUCUCAGUUCCCUUACUUGAGCAAAUCAGAGUAACUUCUUCAAACGCUGGGUUCCUAAAACAACACAGGAACACUGAUACAGGCAAGGACUAUAGAAAUCUCCACAUUUUGACAUCUACGUGAAGCUGACCUCUUGUGCGUGCAGCAGCGGUGGAGCGGACCCCUGGAAGCCUUUGACCUGGACCACCUCGGCUGGGAGGGAUCCUUUCGUUCCAGUGCCUGUCCCCUCCUUUUCACAUUUACUGAUGGGGAUACAAGACGUGGCGUGCCCUUCAUUCGAACCAUUUACCUAGACCUUCGCAUCCUUCUUGCCUUCUUUCACACUGUACCCAGUCCUGGCAGUGAGGGAGGUAACCAGGUCCGAGGGGGCAACACAAAUGUCACAACUAAAAGGACUACAGUUUUAUAUAAUUUUGUAAGUAAGUAACAGUGCUUUUAGGCACAUUCAGUGGAAGGAGCUGUGGGUCUGUAUUGUUACCGUGAAAAGAAAUGAGACUUAAAGAAAGAGAAAAGAUAAGUUAUGACCUAACAGUUAAGCUGAGCUCAGGAAUUAUCCAAAAAUGAAAAAGCAAAAUACAGAAAGUGAUAUUUUUUAGAGUGUCAUGUGCAAUGUACGGAUGCAGAGUUCAACUCAGUGGACUGUCGAUCAUCAUGAAGUGCUGAUCGUGAUCUAAAAGUGUAAGUCGUAAGGCUAUGCUACAAAAAUGCCGUUCUGAUAAACCACACUAAAUAGCCAUGAACUUUGCUGCUUUGAGUGAGCAGAAAGUUCCAGCUCUGAAAGCACCUUGCAUCUGGUUUGCAACUUGUCUUGAAUAAGUGCUUCAAUUCAAGACCAGUCAACCCAAGAGUGGGCAGAAAUAUAGUCACUGGGUUUCCAUUUCUAUAUUUUAUGCACUCCAACCACUAAUUUAAGCCAAAUUUUUAGAAAUCUUUUUAGUACCCUUGGAUUUAUAAACGUAGGCAUUACAUUUACAAUCCAAAUGGAGGAACUUAAAAAUAAUCCUUCUAGGGGACUUUUUUUUGGUUGGCUGGUUGUGUUCCCCUUUCCCAACAAGCUUAAGAAAUAGAAACUUUCUAAAGCACUGGACCUCUUUUCCUGACCUGGGUGUGAUGUCGGCUCUGCAGUGACUAAAGCGUUUGCUGGUUUUGUUUUCCUGUUUUGCAAAUUCUUCCUUUUGCAAAACCGUUUCCCUGCAAAAGACUGUUGUGACUCAUACUGCCUGUGAAAACCCAUCCCGGCUGCUCUCCUUUCAAAGCAUGACUUGUUCGUAGUGGCUGUUCCCAUUCAAUGCGCUGUUCCCUGUCACAAAACUGGCUUUUCUCCUCCUACUGCACCUUCUUUUCUUAAAUUCUAAACCUUCACCAGCUACAUUUACCAAGAUGUAAAAAGAAGAAAAUGGAGAACAAGGGUGAGUCAUUCUUUCAAGGUAAAGCAGCAGAACUAUGUAGUUACGAGCCAGACCCAAGGGUGAUGCAGGCCAGCAGAUCGAGUCCUGGGAGUACAGGUGAGAAUCAUAACCUGCCUGUGGGAGGACGCCGAGGUAUUAUGUCAGAGACUUCUUCCAAUAAUCUGCAGCUUGGGUCUAUGGCUUAGAGAAAAGAAUGGAGGUCACCGUACCCCUCCCCCGAUCAUAGAGGUGCUUACUCACCUUUGUACAUUGCUUUUCCAAGUGACUAAUCCCAGUAAACCUCUGUAAAGUUGGCCCAGAGGGGUCUCUCAGAUGGGACUGAAGUAUCUGGCUGGUGAGCCCAGAUUUCUCUUUUUUUUUUUUCCGUAGGUUAUAUACAAAAGAGAAUGUUGCACAAGAGUUAGCUAGAAAGACCUGAUUAAUUUAGCUUCUACUAUUCACUACAGUUCCAGGUAGGAUACUAUAGGCAGUCAGUGCAAGGUGCAUGCUAGAUUGUUUUUAAGUCUCUGGGGUCAGUUUUGUGGUUUCUGCUUUCUUGCCUGAAUGGUAAGAGAAUAUUUGCCUCCACCCUUCCAGCUGUGCCUACCAGUAAGAAAUUCACAUUCCUACGCAAACAGGAACAUCUACAGAAUGGGGAGCAGUGGAACAGUCUCCUUCCAAGAGUCCCUGAUCAUCGUAUCUGAAGAGUGCAAAGGGUAGACCUUUGGCUCACUAAAUUGUGUUAAAGUCAUCAGCCAUUUCUAGUAGAUCUUGCGAGAAGGGUUUCCCUGGUCACCAGUUGGAAUUGAAGGGAGAAAGCAAAAGGCUAAACUAUCUCUGACCCUUAGAAGGCUACUUACUUGUCUUCAGUGUUCAAGGCAUGACUAGUAUUUCUAAUUAGUCUAAUUCCCACACUUCCUGAAGUGAGCACUAAUGGUAUUCUAUUAUCCUACUAAAAUUUUCAUUGUUUGGGGUUUUUAACUCGUCAGUCACCCACAAUAAGCUAUGAGGGUAAAUAUGUGUUACAACAAGUAAAUUGUAGUUGCAAGGAUAUUCUGUGAAGGUUGAAGUCGGGUUUCAUUUCUGUCCUUCCAUACACAUCUCAUUUAAUUUUAUGGUUGACUUAAUUGGCACCACACCUGUUGUAUGAUAAUAUACAUCCUUUAUUUAUGUAAAAUAAAAUGCCUUAUAUAUUAAAGAGUAAGUGCAAUAAUAUGAAAUAGCCUGUACAUUUUUAAAAUGUUGUCGCCAAGUUAUGUAAAUCCACAUCUCUGUAAACAACCUUUUUUAAGUAAUUUUAAAAAAAUAAACACUCUACUUACUA